AUAUCAAGCAAGUUGAAACUUGUCGGCUUGAAGAACAGGUUGUUUUUUUUUAUUAUGUAGGAAUCACUGUGUCCGAGUGGUUCGCAUUUAGUUUGCUCGUGCGUCUUGAUUAAAGUGCAUUUGCAAGUUUAUUGUCAUUUGACUCAAACAGAUGUGCUGUGUUGUGAUUAGUGAAUCAAUUGUUGGUUUUCUACCGCUUUUCUAUUAUUUUAUGGUAGAUUAGAUAGAUAAAUUAUCAGUGUUAAUCAAAUUUAUGAGUAGACUAAACUUUAUACCGUUUUUAGUGAUUCAUACAAAAUGAUUAUACGGGCCUUGCUAGCCUGUAUGGCUAGUGGUGUUUUGUAUGAAGCAACUGCACAACCAGUCGAGUGUUUCAAAGAGUGUGACACUGGAUACUUCUGUGUGGAAGGAACAUAUGUGUGUAAAAAAUGCAUCGACUGCGCGGAGCUGAAACGCGAAACAUUGCCGGGAGCACCAUCUUGCAUACACACUGUAGCCGAUUGCGGAUCUUGCCUCAAAGGGUUGAUGCCUGACUUAGGGACAGGCAUUGGUUGUGUCUCAUCAGACUCCCAACCUGACGAGGGCUUGUCUGCCUACGUUUGGGCUGCAGUGGGUGUGGCACUUGUGGUUUUAUUUAUAUUUGUGGGCAUCAUCGUGGUGUACGUCCUGCGAAACACCGAUACAUUUAAGAUAUUAGCAUGUGAGUAUACAACGCGGACGUCAGUGCAGUCUCCAUGCAACAGGAAUGGCGCCCCACCCACCGCUCCCGAGGCACCUCCUCCGCCCUACAAUGCUCUCUAUUCACCUGUUAGGCCCUCUUCACCACCUCCCGAUAAUGCUCACAGUGAGCCAUGGGGCUACGUGAAGCGAGCUGGAAGCGUUCGUUUGGGUGCACAAGGUCGCGAAUCUGCCGGAAGUCAGGCAGCGCGUGUCUUCAACAACCCCAGUUAUGUCAGAGGUGCUCAUCUCAAUGAUUUGCCCAGUUAUGAUGUAACGAGUGAUGAUGAAAGGGACCCGAUCCCUCACGAUGAGGAUACCAUGGAGAGCACUUGGACACCCACACCACAAGAUAACACGUCUAGCGGAAUCUCAAAUGGUGCGGGUGGAGAGUUGUCAACCCUGUUGUCUGCCGCGAGACACAACAAUCUGGUGCGCACACCGCACCCGGUCACCCAAUAUUGCGCUGCACAGGAAACGAACAACAACCGCAGCACAGGAGACGCCAUGGGUGGCGAGGGUCCCGCCAGCAGCGGACCUUCCUUCAUCAUCAACGUCGUUCAGAGCAUCAACGCGGUGCAACAGCAGAACGACGUCAAGUUAUAGUUAUUUCAUUUAGACUUUCCGUUUCUCUAUUUUAAACCUCUGAUGAAAUGUUGAUACUUUGAUCAAUAGUUAAUACAAUUCCUCUUUGUCAAGUUGGUUAUAUGGAUUUCGAAUAUUAAAUGUUAAUAAAUCACAUCGUUAGUCGUGUGGGUUUGUUUCUCUGGGAUUAAAAAAAUACUGGCUGGUCCUUACCAGUACCAAAAAAUUGUCUAUGAUUAUUAUAAUAAAAUCAUUUUAUCAGGGGUCUGAAAUAUGUUUGUCUAUUUUCUACUAACGCUCAACUAUAUAAUAUAGACUACGUUAAUAAUAAUUUUUUUGUGUAUUGUAAAAUAUGCCUAAAUACAAAGAAAUAAGUUACAAUUCACGAAAUCCGAGGUCUCUGUUUAAAUGAUGCAUUUAUUUGAGAUUAUUCGCAUUUACUUCUCGAUCACUGCCUGCCUUUUUGUUUAAUGUUUUGCAAAGAAAAAAAUAUAAAAAAAUAUAAUGAAUAAUUUAGUUUUAAAAUAGUAUAUACCCUAAUUUUACAGUUGCCAUUUUUAAGUUUUAUUCUCAGUGUUGCCAGUGUCUCAGUGAAGAGUGUUAAAUUUUUUUCAAUUAUGUAUAAAUAAGAAUUUGGGUGUAUACUAAUAACUUAUUUAGCAUGUGAUUUUAUUUGUUAUAAUUAUUGUUAAUUUCGCAUCGUUACUUAAGGUAAAAUAAGCUUAUAGAAGAGUAGAAAUUAAAUAGCUAAGCUAGAACAAUUUCUGAAAAUGUUAUGUUUAAGCAAAAUACAUUCGAUUCAAUUUAAAGUCUGUUGAUUUUUAAAAUUGGUGAAUUAUUUUGAUAUUUUAGUCCCGUUGAACUAGUUUGAUGUUGUUUGAAAGUAUUCACCUCUAACUUAAAUAUUUAUGUCAAAAACCUGAAUCUUAUUACGAAUGUUUGACGAAGAAGUUAGUGUUUAAUACUUUGGACUAAAGAAGUGUACAAUUGUUAGAUUCCAAUUUGUGGAACUAGUUUUGAUCCCGGGCUUUUAGCAUAAUAUAGUUCUAUUUUAGUUUUAUUGCUCAAGUCUGCGCUCAAAUGUACGUGAUUUUACCAUUUUAGGAUUGGUGAGAGUGGAUCUGAGUUAGAUCUCAUUAAAUAAUGUCUUCCCUAUUAAGAUAAACAGGUGCAAAUAUUAAAAAUCGUUCUUCCAUUUAAAAUUGUAUGAAUUUAAACGGUAGCAGUUACGCAAUUUUCAAUGUUCAAUUUUCAGAUAUUUGGUAAAUGAAGGCUUCUGUACAGACAAGAUGUAUAUUUAUUUAAUGUUCUCCACUUGAGCCUAACGAAGAAUACUCCUAAUGUAUUCGGGAUGUGUUAGAUUAUAGUUGUACAUAAUGAUCCUGUACUGCCCAGUCUUUUAAAAAAAAAAAACCACGUGUUGCAUUCCGAAAGUGCCGACAGAAGUGAAAAUUUUAAUAUUAACGUUGCAUUUUUAAUAUUUUGGAUUGGUUAGGGAAUAAUUUUGCACGAAUUGCUUUAAUUAUAAAAGUACUAUCAUUUAUGUGGUAUAUUAUAUCGUACACAUUAAAUACGCCGCGCCUGCUGUCUACUCUCCAUCCGCCUUACGAAUUUUCGAUCAUGUCAAGUGUCCUGACGCGAGUUUAACAUACCCAUUCCAAAAAAGUACAACGCCGCUAAAGAAGUUUUCACAUCUUUCCAUAUCAAUAUUUGGUCUAUGGCUAAUGCAUAAUGGAUGCUUUGAGGUCACAUACUAGAUAAGUAUAUGACCUAAUAAUAUACUAGAAGACCGACUUCUUGAGUGGGAUUUAAAACUUUAAUAGGGUUUCUGAAAGCUUAUUUAUGGGGGGUUUAAAAAUACUUUUGGCAGUAUAUAGGAGCAUUAUGUACAUCAAUAAUCUAGCACCUCUCAAUAAAGUUGAAGGUAUUCUUAGUAAGGCUACUCGUCUUGUGGAGAAUUUAACGAUACGAACACGAACGAUAAGAAAUUCUCAUUUUUAACUUAAGUAAUGAAAAUCAAGUGCCUUAACCCGAUGAACUGGCUGUGAUGCACUUAUUAUGAAGCAAUUUUAUUGUUAUUUUUUUGUGUAAAAAUUUUCCUUAUAGUGAAGUAAAAUUGACCAAUGCCUCUAGUCAGGUCAAAAUGUGUAAAAUUUAGGGAAUGUUUUUACUUAAUAAAGGAUUUUUUAUUGA